AUGGACGGAGCUACACAGGAAGAGGGGACUGUCUCCACGAGCUAUUGGGAGAUUGUACUGCGCGCAAGCAUGCCGUCGCUACUACAGUCAGAUGAUAGUCGUGGACUGGAGCAGAAACUAGACAGUCUAUAUGAUGAAAAGGCUACAGCUGUGCCAUACGCGGCAGCCGAGGUGACGACCCAACAUCGCGGCGAUCAACGUGCCAUCCUUCGCGAGUGUUGGAACAACUCGUUUUCUACCACGUCCGACCUCCCUACCGAGAUCCUUGAACACAUCUUUCAGGAUCUGUAUAGGGCCUCCAAGGAACUAUACUGGGGACUGCCAGCUAAUAUACCCCUUGAUUCCAUCCGGAUCUCGCGUGUCUGUCGUCGUUGGCGCGAGAUCGCGCUGAGUCGGGGUACACUAUGGAACGACCUCAGCACGCUGAUGCCGAAGUUUCUUUGGGAUGCACAUCUAGCUCGUUCCCGAGCGUGUCUGCUCGAUGUGAAGUGUAUGUGGCCCCCCGAAAAUACGGAUUAUAUUACCGACAUCAUCGCCGUUUACCCUCGCAUCCAAUCGCUUUUUGUCGCCUCCUGUUCAGACCAAGACGUCGUGGAAGAUCUGGGUCCAGCGUUUUUAUUGAAGUCCCCACAUCUACACACACUGGACAUCGCUAGCGUCCAUAGAUUGUGGCUUAACCGCACAUUCCAUGAAUAUCUCGUGCAUCGCGCUCCUGCCUUGCGGAGCCUUUCACUGUCCCACCGCAUCUUCCCGUGGGGUUCCACUCUGGCUCAUUUACGAUCGCUCCGAUUGUCAUCCACCAUGUAUGGGGAUGACACCGAUGGCGAUAUCCUAGAUCUCUCCCAUACGUUUGAGGACGUUCUCCACACCUUACGAGGCGCUCAGAGCCUUGAGAUACUCGACAUCUGGGGCGAUGUUGUUUUCGCCGCGCCAUCGGAGCUACCCUGGCCGACCAUAUCCUCUCCCUUGAAAAGGCUAACAUUAGAAGGCCCCGUAUACCGCGUUUGCGGUCUACUAGCUGCGUUCCAGGCCAGUUCCUCUUUGCAAGCUAAGCUUGUCUCUGAAGAGUACGAGAGCGACUACGAUUCGGAUGAUCCGGAAGACGUGGAACCCGAAGACAUGGAAGAUCAAUCGACCGCCGCUGCCCGUGCAUCGGAUGUCCUACGCCGCCAUCUAUCUAGCCGAUCCCUACAAGGGCUACCCGAGUUCACGGUCUUGCAUAUGAUUGUCGACGACGCUCGUCUUACUAUGAGACUUGGUUUUGAGAUGGUUCCUGUAUCGACGCUCUCCACCACCGGCACGAGCACAACCCGACCCACAUCAGAGCAGUUGACCAGCGACUCGGAUCUUCCCUACGUGGACUUCCGACUCACCUUCAAAAGCGCUCAUCGAGGGCAUGCGGAGUCGAUCAUCGCAAAGACCUCGAAGCUCUCGCGCAGUAUCACGACUGCACAGCUUCAAUGCCUGCAACAUCUGGUGCUCUCCGCAUUGUGUUGGCAUGAACAGGACAUCGAGCGCGUGUUCCAGCACGCGUACAACGUCGAGAGUCUGACGGUGUACUCUACGUAUGGCCCCGAUGAGUAUCAAGCAGCAGCACUCGUCGCUCAACUCGUAUGCGAGUCGGUGCCGAUGUUGGAGGCCACAAGUUCCGACAUCGAUGCUGCCGCCGGCAAGGUCGACCUGAAGCCGUUCAAGGAGCCUAAAUUCCUGCCUCGGCUUCGCGCUCUGCACAUCACAGGUGUCGCCUUGAACCACGUGGUAGAAUACAACGGUCGAUUACUAACUCUGAUCGACGCUUUGACGCGAGGUCUUCGGGGUCGCCAUCGCACUACCAAACGCAGGCUGCAGACAUUGCACCUGGAGGAUUGCGGGCGGAUUGCAGAGCGCGAUAUCGAGCUGUGGGUUGAUUGCGUAUCGCGUGUCACAAUCGAUUGA